CGCAGAGCGGAUGUGUCUGUGCUGUGACUGACGGUGAGUCGGUCCGUUCUCUUCCUCCGGUCAGAGACCGUCGCUCCUAGAGACUUUCUCUCCGCCCGUCUGCUUCCAAUCACGGCGUGUCUGCAGCAGCAGCUCGGCAACAGUCCAACUGGAUCCAUCCGACGUCCGGAGGCCUGGAUCUCCACCGAUAAUCGAGCCGCGGAUGGUUGCGUCUCCGGGCAGGGGACCUGGAAACCUGGGCCCGCACAGGGAGCAGGGAGGAGGCCGACGCCCCCUUGUUCCGACCCAGAACACGGCGCCGACGGCCGGGCUGCAAGUCUACUAGCAGGCCGGUUAGCUCCGUCCGCCUGGAGCUCGCAGGGUGGCUCCCGAUGAUCCUUGAUACCGGGGUCGUGCUUUGUCCUCCGGGACCGUUUCUGUUCUUAUUCACCGCCAACAAGGAUUUUUCUACGAAAUAACAUUUAACCCUGGAGCUCGGGGACGUGGUGGCUGGCGAGCUGCGGGCAGUUAGCUCCUCUCCCCGGGAACCAGACAGCGGAGGCUCCGGAGCGGGGACCGGGCGAGACAAUGGCCGCUUUGAUCAAGGAGAUCGUGAGCAGGAAUAAGAGGCGAUACCAGGAGGACGGGUUCGACCUGGACCUCACCUACAUUUAUCCCAACAUCAUCGCCAUGGGUUUCCCCGCCGAGCGACUGGAGGGCGUCUACAGAAACAACAUUGACGAUGUCGUCCGGUUUUUAGAUUCAAAGCACAAGAAUCAUUAUAAGAUCUACAACCUAUGUGCAGAGCGACACUACGACACGUCAAAGUUCAACUGUCAAGUCGCCCAGUAUCCCUUCGAGGAUCACAACCCGCCGCAGCUGGAGCUCAUCAAGCCGUUCUGCGAGGACCUGGACCAGUGGCUGAGCGAGGACGAGCAGCACGUCGCCGCCAUCCACUGCAAGGCGGGAAAGGGCCGCACCGGCGUGAUGAUCUGCGCCUACCUGCUGCACCGGGGCAAGUUCCAGGAGGCGCAGGAGGCUCUGGACUUUUACGGCGAGGUCCGCACCCACGACAAGAAGGGUGUGACCAUCCCCAGUCAGCGGAGAUACGUCAUUUACUACAGCUUCCUGCUGAAGAACCAUCUUCUCUACAAACCUGUGGCUCUUCUCUUCCAUAAGAUGCUGUUUGAAACUGUCCCGAUGUUCACGGCUGGAACCUGCAACCCUCAGUUCGUGGUUUACCAGCUGAAGGUGAAGAUCCACACCUCUAACUCCUCCCACACACGGCGGGAAGACAAAGUGAUGCUGUUCGAGUUCCCGCAGCCACUUCCUGUCUGCGGAGACAUCAAGGUGGAGUUCUUUCACAAGCAGAACAAGAUGAUGAAGAAGGAAAAGAUGUUUCACUUCUGGGUCAACACCUUCUUCAUCCCGGGGCCGGAGGAGAACCUGGACCACCUGGAGAACGGCAGCACCGGGACGCUGCUCCAGAACCCGAGCGCGAUGGCCAGCGUAGAAACCAGUGACCGAGACCAGCUGGUUCUGACCCUGAUUAAGAACGACCUGGACAAGGCGAAUAAAGACAAGGCCAACAGGAACUUCUCCCCCAACUUCAAGGUGAAGCUGUUCUUCAGUCGGACGGUGGAGGAAGCAGAGAACUGCGACGCCAGCAGCACGUCGGCCUCCGUCACGCCGGACGUCAGCGACAACGAACCCGAUCACUACCGCUACUCCGACACCACGGACUCUGACCCGGAGAACGAGCCGUUCGAAGACGACCACCACGAUCAGAUCACAAAAGUCUGACACACACGCAAACAUACAGAUAUAUAGGUGUUUAUAUAUGUAUAUAUACAUGCAUAUAUACACAGUAUGUAUAUAUAUACAUUUAUAUAUGUAUACGCACUUGUGAGCCCCUGACAAAGACGAGCUCAGGGGGAACUGCUUGGUGAGACUUUGAGAUCAAAGAGCUGCAAUCAGAAUAAGCCCCUCCCCCUCCCCCUGCUCGUCGCACACCUGGACAAUCACAUGACCGGGGGCGUGGCCGAGGUGGACGGGGCCAGGGACAUCGAAUGGACAAUAAGACGAAUGAAUGGACAGACGGUUAAAAGGUAAAACUUGAAUAUAAACAAACUGAACGAUGAGUAGAUUCUUUAGUGAUGUUUGUUGGAUAAAUCCCACGUGUCCUCCAUCCUUUCCUUUCCUUCCUUCUUCAGCAGUUUUAGUAGACUGUAUGCAGCCCAGUCUUUUUUCCAUCUCUGCCUCCUCUCUCUGUGUCUUCUUGUCCAGAGGUUUUCUGAAGAAAAUAUUUCAUGAAGAAUCAGAGUGAGACUGAAACGACAAUAAACUGAGAUCGUGGUGAUGAAGAUAAUUGAUUAUGACUAAUUCAGUCUGAUCAGAAACAUUCCAUUUUCAUCAAAACCUAAAAACCUGGAAAGUUCUUUGUUUCUUCAUCUUGGUCUUCAAAAAUCCUCCUGGCAGAUUAAGAGCAGGACUGAGUCUGGACCGGUCUGAGCUGGUCUGGACCGGUCUGAGCUGGUCUGGACCGGUCAGUCCUGUUGGGACCAGUCUGAGCUGGUCUGGACCGGUCAGUCCUGUUGGGACCAGUCUGAGCUGGUCUGGACCGGUCUGAGCUGGUCUGUACCGGUCAGUCCUGUUGGGACCAGUCUGAGCUGGUCUGGACCGGUCCAGAAGUGACAACCUUUAGUUUGAAUGUGACAAUGAAGAGAAAUGUUGUCAAUCAUCGACUGUUGAAACCACGAACAGACGGUGUCACUCCUCCUCCUCCGACUGUCUGUGACCCCUGACCUCUAAGCCCUGACCCCCUGACCCUAAACCUCUUUCUGUUCUACUCUGACUUGUAUCAAUCAUUAAGCUAAAUCAAGCUAGCAAAUUAUAACCAUUCCUUGUUCAGCUUCAACGCACCCUGACAGCGACUACAGCAGAAACCUGUGACUCCAGAGCGCUUGUUGAUGUGCCUGCGUGCCAGGCGGGUGGGGUUCGCACUUUAUAAAGGACGGUUGAGUUUGUGUUGAUUUCUGUCAAAGUUCGUCUGUGGAGCUGCUGUUGGGGGCGGAGUCAGGACCACAGUCGUUCUUGAGUCACGAUGUUUCGUCCCCGAGUGUCUCUUUGGUUCCUGAUGCUCUGUGAUCAAGACUCUGUCCAUAAACGUUGAACUGUUCCUUUAGUCUGAGACGAUGAACCUCAGACCCUCUGAUUCCGUCUCAUCACAACUGAUCCAGUUGUUCGUGUCCUUCAGGCCCCUUACAGAUGUUGAUCUGCAGCUUCUCUGGGUUCCUAGGUUUGUUUGCUUCAGUUCAAUUUACCAACACGUAAGAAAUCCUCUGUUUUAAAAUAUCUGACCAUUGGCCCUCGACCAAUCACAGAAUCCCUGUCGAUCACCUCCAGAUCGGAUGCCUGAUUUCCGUCCUAACAUGUGGUGCUACGACCAAUCAUCAGCCCUGCGUUGGUUCUGUCGUUAACUUGUAGUCUUGUUGGGUCACAGUCCAACCGUGUUGGGUUUUAGGUGCUAAGCUAAGCUAGCCAGGGCUGGUGCUGAGCCUGUUGUCCAUCUGCGGUGCUUCGUAUCAGCAGCAGGUGGUUGGUCCACAUCUCUGUGCUGUCAGGCGUGACCUCACUUCCUGUCAUCGACCCGUUCAGAGGCGUCAGGUGAGGUGGCUGGAAAUCAACAACCUUCAGCACAAAUGUCUUCAAUAGAAUACAAUCAGAUUUUCUCAGGUGUUUAAAUCUGUGGACCGGCGGGGUGAGCGUCUCCAUGACGACGGGCGUCGCUAACGUUUCAGAAUGAUUAACCACUGACUCUUUAGGUUAAGGUCCUUAACAACGGGGUCUGUGAUAUAUGCUAAUGUAGCCAACAUUAGCUCCAUGAGACGGCUUAAAAACUUCAAGCUCAUUUAAACAACAGUUCUGUAACAAGGUCAAAAUAUUGACUCAAUGGCCAAAUGUGUGCUAUCAUGCUAACAUCCCAAGGCUAAAGCUAACAGGUCCCAGGUCAGUAUUGAUCGUCAAUAGUGAUCGUCAUUAGUGAUGAGUAUUGAUUGGUCCGACAGAACCAGACUUUGUGACAGAUGUGGUUUUGUGUUUCUGUUCAUGAUGAUUGUCUUGUUUGUAUUUUAUCAGGUUAUUUUAUGGCACAAACGUCUUCAUAACCAUCCACCUGUAUCACCACGGAAACCGUUUGACUCCGCCUCCCUCCCCCCACUUCCUUUAUUCUCCCCCUCCUUUUAUAAAGAAAUAAAACACUGUAAAGGUGAAUAAACUAUUUAUAAACAGCUGA